GCCACCCGUGAGGUGGUCUUUGAUAACCCAUCGAUUAUCAAGUCUCCGGCGACAACUCCUCACUUCCAUGUCACACGGUGAAUAUUUGCCGAAUCUCGUUUCCACGUCGUUGAAGUUUGCAAACUAAUUGCUCCUCGCUAUUGCGUGUCACCUCAUAACUCUGAUACUGGAGAACCAUGGCAGCAAUGGCAGACACAGCGACAACAACGUUUUCCAGUCUCUCUGAGAGCAUCGGACCCCAAUUGGCGAUUACCAUACCUAUCGUGCAUCAUCAGAUCCUGGAAUCAGUAAAGCAACAUCCAAACACACCAGCAAUAAUGUGCACCCAUCAGUCAGCAGAUCUUCUCCCAGCACUCCAAUAUGGUGCCGAUUUGCUGGCGCACGCGUUAACCACGCAGCGUCUGGAGUCGGGUUCAACUAUCGCGGUGCUACUCGGGGGAAGGGCCGAGUUCCACAUGGUCUUUAGAGCAGCCAUCAAAAUCGGAUGUCCAUUUACACCUAUCAACCUCAGGUCUCCUAAAAACGCUAAAGAGAUCCGGCACAUGCUUACAUUGACGAACGCGAAAGCAGUAAUCGUGGAUAAUGAAUCUGUGGCCGAGGACUUGCAGCGUAACGUCCCAGAUUUGAUGAGUGACAUGCACGUCAAAAUCAUCCUCGACGGCGACUUCGGUAUGCACAACUACUUGAAGCUUAGUGAUCUGAUCACAGAGGCAGCUGUGGAUAAGACCUUUGAGGAAUCUAGCUUGGCACUCGAUCGAUGGCCCCGGAAUGAGGACGAUGUGGUAUACAUUGGAUUUACCUCGGGAACAACAUCGCUUCCGAAAGCAGCGCCGCAUACAAAUAAAUCGCUUGCUUGCAAUAUGAAGUCUUGGGAGCAAGUCUUCGCGCUGGAUGACACACGAUCCUGGCUGCAUAUCCUGCCAAUGAACUCCAUCGUCGGCAGCUCCUGGACACUGGCGUACCUUAUCGCUGGCGGAAGUGUCACACACGUCAACUACGCCUUUGACCCGGACUCUGUGGCUUCAGCUAUUUGCACAGGCGAGUAUACUGAUCUACUCGCAGUACCAUCGAUGAUUGACCUCUUAGCCACUUCACCGUCCUUGAGCAAACGGUCCAAUAAGGGUAUCGAUCGCAUGAUUGUGGGUGGGAGCAAGAUCCUCCGCUCCCAUGUUGAAAAGUCUUUCCAAAAGAUCAAAUGCAAACGGUUCAGUCCAUUCUUUGGUAUGACGGAAGGGACUUCGGUGUGUACUGAAACGUUAUAUGGAGUUCCUGACAACGUCCAUGAUCCCAUCUAUGCUGGUUAUGCGAAUCCCGGGUGCAAGAUCAGGAUAUGCGAUCCAGACAAGAUAGAGCCUGUGCCGAGGGGAACGCCUGGUGAAAUUGUACAAGGUGGUCUGCAGAAAAUUGAACGCUAUCUUGGUGGCAGUGGUGAAGACAGUUUCUUUGUCGAAGAAGGAGAAACCUGGUACAGGUGUGGCGAUCAAGCCGUCAUGCUUGAAAAUGGGAGAAUUGCAAUAGUUGGACGCUACAAAGCCUUAGAUAUGAUCAUACGAGGCGGUAUGAACAUAGCUUCAGCUGCUGUUGAGGCGGUUAUUUCUGAAAGAACGGGAAUUGAUGUAAGCAUUCGAUCUUAUGGAGCUCAAGCUCACCUUGGUAACACCCUGCACCAGUCUCAAGUCGUUGGGAUCCCAGACGAAGCAGCUGGAGAAGUACCAGUCGCUGUGAUCAAGCACCCGAAAGAUGACAAACAAGCUGCUACCCGAGUCCAGAGAUGCGUGCUGGAUGCUAUGGGUCCGGCAUAUGCGCUCGAGAAAGUGGUGAGCCUCGAAGAGCUCGGUCUAGAAGAUUGGCCCAAGACGACGUCCGGAAAGGUCCUGAAACGAGACCUGCAAGUAAUUGUCAAAAGCCUUCCCUGGACACAACAAGCCUUACCUUCAGCUCCGUUCCAUAUCAAUGGACACUCAAGCGGGCCCGCAUACAUGUCUGACGAGGCCGAGCUACAGCAUCAUUUGCUGGGUUGUGCUCGGGCACACGGUAUGCUGAUUUCGAGUGUUGACGACGAUUUCCACGAUGCUGGUAUGGACAGCCUGCUAGGACUUCGUCUUCGAAACGCCAUCAUCAAAGACGGAGAUCCUCAAUGGCAAACACAACUCCCACCGGGCGUGAUAUUCCAGUGUGGCAGCAUCCGUCGCCUCGCCCGGUAUUUGAUAAAGCUCAAUACCAAUAGACAGGGACCGACUAAGGAGGAAUCAAAUGUCGAUAGCGUCGUGGAAGAGAUGUUUACCAUGGUUGAAGAGUUCAGUCGUUUUCAGUCACACAAGCCGGAGAAAACAAAAGGUUCUGGCAGGCACACAGUAUUCCUUACUGGUGUAACUGGCUCAUUGGGUGCCCAUAUUCUGGCAUCGUUAUUGGCACAAUCAGACGUUGACCUUAUUUAUUGUGCCGUACGAGGCAACAAUCCAGCUGAGCGGCUAGAAGAAUCUCUUGCCAAACGAAAGCUCAAUUGGUCCGAGUAUUCGAAGAAAGUGAGAGUCGUCAACCACGACCCGGGAAAGUCACGACUUGGCUUGGGCGAUACGACACGAGAGGAAUUGCUCGACAACCUGACUCACAUCAUACAUGCAGCCUGGCCUGUGAACUUCCACCUACCUCUGGUGACCUUUCGAAAACAUCUCCUCGACCUGCAGACCCUACUCCAACUGUCUCUGGACGUGAGAGCACCUCAGCCAGCUCAUUUUCUCUACUGCUCCUCAAUGGGGGUCGCGCUUAACACAAGAGGUCAGAAUAGAAUUCCAGAGGAGCCUAUUAUGGACUUCCGUCAAGGAAUCAGCAAUGGCUACACACAGUCUAAAUUGGUUGCCGAGUAUAUCGUCCAAAAGGCUAUGGAAAGCUUCGGUGCUUGGACAUCGAUUUUGCGCAUCGGUCAAAUUGUCGGUGAUACCAGACUAGGUCUUUGGAACGAGACCGAGGCUGCUCCUCUUAUGAUCCGGUCAGCUUUGAUCUUAGGUUGUCUACCAAUGUUGGACAUGAAAUGCUCAUGGAUUCCUGUCGAUGAUCUGGCUAGCGCUAUCGUUGACCUGACCACAUUGACAUCUCGAGAGGACCUCAGGUUCAUCUACAACAUGUGCAAUCCCUACACGUUCUCCUGGACUGAAGACCUUCUUCCUGCCCUCGCAAAAGCAGGUCUCGACUUCGAAAAGGUGUCGUUCGUUGAAUGGCUAGCGAGGCUGAAGAAGUACGAUGCCACACAUGGUGUGGAGGAAGCUACCCAGACCUGUCCGGCAGUCAAAUUGAUUGAUUUUUGGGAGCAAUCAUACGGCGGACCCCAGCAGAGACACAACAACCUGGAGUUCGCUACGGACAAUGCAGAACGCGAUUGUAGGAGCAUGCAAUCUCCACCCGACGUGAUUACGAACGGCCUGGUAAAGAAGAUGGUAGAUGCCUGGAUGUCUACAUGGGCUCCUGCCCCGGUGUAG